AUGUCUUCCAUCGUCAACAAGAUCAAGGACGCCAUCCACUCGGACAAGUCUCACAGCCAGCCCGAGGGCACCUCGGGCCCACACAACAGCCGCGUCGGCAACGCCGCCGACCCCCGCGUUGACUCUGACCGCGACCACCGCGCCAACCCCAACAACUCUGUCGGCACCGGCCACUCGGGCAGCACCAUGGGCCCGACCGCGACCACGGGCAGCUACGGCACCACGGGCCCGCACAGCUCCAACCUGGCCAACAAGGCUGACCCCCGCGUCGACUCUGACCGCGACCACCGCGCCAACCCGGCCUCCAACAUGGGCACCGGCACCACGGGCGGCUACGGCAGCUCCACCACCGGCACCGGCAUGACGGGCACUGGCAUGACGGGCACCGGCCACACCACGGGCACCACCGGAACCGGCAUGAUGGGCGGCAGCCACGGCACCUCGACCAACCACGGCCCGCACAGCUCCAACCUGGCCAACAAGGCUGACCCCCGCGUCGACUCGGACCGCGACGGCCGUGCCGGCCUGGGCGGCACCACGGGCACCUACGGCAGCUCCACCGCGGGCACCACGGGCAUGACCGGCACUGGCCGCACCACUGGUGCCACCUCGGGCCUGACGGGCCACACGGGCCCCGGCCCGGCCCCCAACACGGCUGGCCCGCACAAGUCGGACAUGAUGAACAAGGUCGACCCCCGCAUCGACAGCGACCUCGACGGCAGCAAGACGAUGGGUCAGGACAAGACUUACAGGUCGGGCAACGCGACGACGACGAUGGCUGGCAGGGAUCCCCUUGAUGCCGCCCAGGUUCCGCCCUCGGUGAUGAAGAAGCAUCUCGGCGAGCCGGUUGUCGAGCACGACGACCACGGCCACGACCGCGCGCGCAGGAACAGCCGCGCCACCGACCAAGAGAACUUCAGGGGCAUCUAA